AUGGUGAUUUCCACGAUUGCUGCGUUCCAAGGGAGGUUCUAUUUCAUCAACUCAACCAGAGACAUGUGCGCCAUCGACUUCACAACAAGCAGCAGCAAAGAGCACCCUGCGUUCCACUAUUUCGAUGCACGCAAGGUUGAUUUCCCCAAAGGGAUGAACUUCGAGGCGACCUGGCUGCUCGACUGUGACGACCAGCUCUUCCUUGUCGACGUCUCCUGCGUCGGCGUCGAUCCUCACAACAUUGGCGCCAUCCGCGUGUACAAGAUAGGACUUCUCGUCGUCGUCGACACCCAGCAAGCCUCCUCCUCGUUGGCGCAGGGUCCGUGA